CAAGUGACACGUGUCAUAUCACUCCGGGGCCGUUGAAGAAGGCUUCUCACCGGCAUUACUAGUCCGCAGCCCGAGACAUUCACCUGAAUUUACCUCCCGAGUGCCACGAUCUCUAGUGGCCUGUACCAGGAGUAAGAGACUGGUGAGAAGGAAGGAUGGCCACUGCUCUGGAAACAUUGACAGGUCACAAGGACCGAGUGUGGAAUGUAUCGUGGAACCCCCAAGGCACAAUCCUCACUUCGUGUGGAUCUGAUCGGUCUAUUCGUCUUUGGGCAAAGGAAGGGGAUUCAUGGAUUUGUAAGAAUGUGCUAAGUGAAGCCCACUCACGCACUGUAAGAUGUGUGGCCUGGUCUCCUUGUGGAAAGAACAUGGCCUCAGCCAGUUUUGACGCCACAGUCAACAUCUGGGACUGUAAAACUAAUGAUAUUGAUUGUAUUGCAACACUAGAAGGUCAUGAAAAUGAAGUGAAGAGUGUUGCUUGGUCAGCAUCUGGGUCAUUGUUAGCCACUUGCUCUAGGGAUAAGUCAGUGUGGGUAUGGGAAGUUGGCGAGGAUGACGAGUACGAGUGUGUCUCUGUGUUGCCAUCCCACACUCAGGAUGUUAAAAAAGUAAUUUUUCAUCCAAAUGCAGAUGUUUUAGCAUCAUCUUCCUAUGACAACAGUAUCAAACUAUAUAAAGAAGAUUCUGAUGACUGGGCUACAUUUUGUACUUUGAAUGGGCAUGACUCGACUGUUUGGAGUCUUGCUUUUGAUGCUUCUGGACACCGGUUGGCAUCAUCAUCUGAUGAUCGUACAGUGAAGAUCUGGCAGGAAUAUCAACCAGAAAACAGUGAAGGAAUUGCCACACCAAACAAAGAUCCUGUUUGGAAAUGUGUUUGCACUUUGUCUGGUUACCAUAAUCGUACCAUCUAUGACAUUGCAUGGUGCCAUCUUUCGGGAGCCAUUGCUACGUCGUGUGGAGAUGAUGCCAUUCGUAUUUUCAAAGAGCAUCCCAAUUCGGAUAAAAAUGCUCCAGUAUUUGACCUUAUUUUAACAAUACCUCGGGCACAUGCUGAAGAUGUGAACAGUGUGUCAUGGAAUCCAACGGUAAUGGGGCUACUUGCCUCUGCCAGCGAUGAUGGAACUGUUAAGUUAUGGGACUUUUCACACAUAUUCUGAGAACAUUGAAAAUGACACAACUAAUAAGUAAAUUAUUAGUGUAAUUCCUUGUAAUAUUAGAAAAAUUUGUUAUACAGUGCCUAUUCUUAGCUCUAGUCUGUUUGGCUGAAAUAUUGUUUUAAGUUAUGUUAUAUUACUUUUGUCAGAUGUACACAUGUCAUUAGGUUACAGAAAUAUUCCAUUGUUUUCAAGUAUUUUCAUUCUUAAUUAUUAGAUAUGUAUUGUACUAGAAUGUUAAUCAAACAUGCAUCAGAGUUAUUGUUAGAAUACUUUAAUUUGGUUAAUAAAAUAGAGCCGUAUUUUA